UAGAAACUGCUUAUAAAAGUAAUUGGCAAAGGGAGAGGCGAGUUCUGCGUACGCGAUAAAUAUGGUGCUGCUCACGUAGCGCAGAAGGCGCGCCCAUCAACCGAGGAUGAUAACGAGCGCACGGGGGAUUUACUUUACCGGCAAAUGGCAGAACACCGAGCGGAACAUAUCCCCGAAGAAGGGCCAAGCUCGAGCCGAAAUGAUACCGAUGGGCUGGAGAAAGAUCCUGGAAUGGAAAGGGUCGAGCACAGAUCCUCGAGCACAAGCCGCCACGGCGCGGGGAGCGCAGCGUCGGUGUGCGCUGGAAACAGCGCUCUGCCGCGCGAGCUCCGAAAACCGCACAGCAACAGGCCGAAAUCAAAAGAGCGCAAACGACCCAACGCUCAUAGACUUGUAUUACAAUACAUCGCACCUUGUAUGAACUCGUACGGUUUGUGUAUCGUAGACAACUUUCUGGGAGACAAGCUUGGAGACCGAAUUCUGCAGGAGGUCAGGCGCGUGCAUAUGGAUGGGAGCAUGCAGGACGGACAGCUCGCGUGCCAAACACUGGGCCAAACUAAAGCUAUUCGCGGGGAUAAAAUAGCCUGGGUCGAAGGCAUUGAAACGGGCUGCCACAACAUAGGUGCUCUGCUGGCAAGAAUAGACAAACUGAUCACGUUCGCUGACGGCAAACUUGGGAGCUACAAAAUUAGAGGGAGACACAAGGCAAUGGUAGCAUGCUAUCCAGGCAAUGGGGCAGGUUAUGUGAAACAUGUGGAUAACCCUAACGCAGAUGGCCGCUGUGUCACCUGCAUCUACUACCUGAACAAAAACUGGAAUGCCAAGGAGCAUGGAGGAGUUCUGCGCAUUUUCCCUGAAGGAAAAUCAUAUGUCGCUGACAUCGAACCUCUGUUUGACCGACUCCUGCUUUUCUGGUCAGACCGUAGGAACCCUCAUGAAGUACAGCCAUCAUUUGCUACCAGGUAUGCAAUCACUGUGUGGUACUUUGAUUCAGAGGAAAGAGCUGAAGCAAAAAAAAGAUUCAGGGACUCAACAGCUUCUUCAGAAAGCAGCACCACAUCUUAGCAGAAGAGCUUGAGACAAAACAUUCUCUGCUGAGAAGAUUUAUAUAUAUGUGUGUGUGUGUGUGUGUGUGUGUGUGUGUGUGUGUGUGUGUGUGUGUGUGUGUGUGUGUGUGGGGUGUUUUAGCCCUUUUGCACUUAAGGUACCAGCACUUCCUCCUCAACCAUGCCUUUUGCAUUAAGGUUUCUUGGAAUCUCCGUGUAACUCUUUCCUGCAACAUGACGCUUCUAUUAAAAACAAAAACAAACAAACAACUUAACCAGCAGUAAAUCUGUAAUACUAUGUUUAUGUAACAAAAUGACAAUUAUUGAAUAAUUUCCAGUAGGUAUGGGUGAUGAAUGAAGUGAAAGAUAUUUUCUUUUUUCUUUUUUUUUAAAUAAAUGUUUGUCUGUUUUUGAAAUAUUUCCAGUUUCUAGUGCUUCUCUGUUUUUGCUAUGUGAGCUGUUUUGAUAUUUUUGCCCUUUAAAUUUGUGACUUUAACCAUAAAGCAAAUGGUUUAAACCAUAUUGCAACUGUCAUCAGAUGAUUUGCAUGGCCUGUGUGGCCCUAACCACUUACAGAGUUGAAAUUAUUUUUCACAGCAAAUACUAAUAGUUUUCCAGUCAAAUAUUUCUAAUAUUAUAUCAUUCUGAUAUGCUUAGUGUGUGUGUGCUGUCUCCUUAUCAGAAUGUAAGUGUUAUAUUGGUUUGCUGCAUUACAGUAUAACAUGACAGUUCAAACUAUGUAGACAAAAGAAUAGUAUUUCUUUCCUGUUGUUUAAAUGUAAUAAACUGCCUGAAUAUUCAGAAGGUAAACACUUCAGAGGCUCCUGUAAUCUUUUAAAUUAAGUACACUUCAACAGCAUGAAACAAUAUUAAUUGUAAUGACAAAGCUCAUUUUACAAAACAAAAGUAAGUGGUGUCCCUGUUACUAGCAAAUCACAUUGGUAUGUAGGACAGCACUAGUAGUCAUUAACUGGAAAUUUUCAUAAGUCUGUCAUUGUUUGUAAGCAGCUGUGCUGUCUUGAACUAAACAGGCAUCUGAAUAUGUCUUGAACAAAUGCAUAAUAAUGUAAAAUGGAUUGAAAAUGAUAUUUGACUUUCACUUUGCUAAGACUGGCUACAUGUAGAUUUUCUUUCUCUGUGGUCUCUGUAAAUAAAAAGAAAAAGUGAAUGAA